AUGGUUUCUUCAAUCUCCAAAAUGGCGCUGCUCCUGAUUCUUGGGGCAAUUCUUAGUCCUUGCGAUGCAUUUUCAUACGUAGUAACUUUGCAACCCGAAAACGAAGAUUGCUUUGUAAUUUUAAUCCCAAGAGGGAAGUUAUCAAUCAUUGGUGGAAGUUUUCAAGUGGAAGACAAUGAUGUAUCCCCAAAAGAUUUUACAGCAACGAUUACAGAAUUACCAAAAGGUAAUAUUGUAUAUGAGCCGAAAAAAGAAGCCCUGGCAGGACACUUCCUAUUGAAAAGUGACCUCCGAUCCACACACUACAGUCUUUGUUUUCGCAACAAUGCUCGGGACGACGAUGACAAUUCUUUUGAUGUUGGGUUUAAUAUUCGUGUUGGUGAUCUACCACGUGGUAGAGGCGAAGAAGAGAUUGGACCCGAAACGAAACGGGCAUAUGAGUUGGUGGAUCGAGCUGUCAAAAUACACGAAGACUGGUCGGUCAUGCUGGAUCAUUUGGAUUAUGCCCACAAUCGAGAGGCUGUUUACGAAGAUUUGGCAAGUUCCAUUUUGUAUCGAUUGGCAAAGUGGACCUACAUAGAGGCCUUUUUGGUUAUUGGGAUGGCGACGGGACAAGUCAUGUACUGGAAAAAGUUCUUUGAGACCAAACGAUAUCUCUAG